AUGGUCAAUACCACGGUAUUCGACGCAUGGGAAAGCAACAAUAAUUUGCACGGGAGUGCACACACUUCUUCUCGAAAGCAGGCGAGAGAGGCGCGGCGUCGAAAGCAUCGCAUCCAACUCGCUACGGCGCUUAUCGAAGCCGACAACGAACAAAUCCAGCGGCGUAUAGAGUUUGUAUCGACUAUGGAGCCCGAGUCAAUCGCUACUAUUGAGCAGCUGUCGCAGCUGGAAAAAAGCUCGAACACAAGCGUCUUAUUCCGUGACGCACACAAGCACCAAUCCGAGGGCUAUGAGCGUCCUAUUUACAUGCAGCCACUCCAGUCUAUGCGCGAAAUCACACGCGCAUUCCUGGGAAUGGAUGCAAGAUGGAUGGAGGAGACCGAGGAUGAGACAAAAGAACAAGCGCCUUGCCGCGAGAAUGAUACCGCAACUGAGCUUGCCCGGCUCACCAUCUCGCCGCAAGUGCUACAGUCGCCACUGCUAGAGCUCAGUGCAUGGAACACGCCGGAAUUGUCUGCAGAAGAUGGCACGGAUACGUCGCAUCAGACGCAGCCGCCGUCUUCUCCUGCACUCCGCCCCUCUGCGUCGAUGCCGUCUUUAUUCAGCGGGGCCAAAGAUUUGGCCUCCGAGCUCGACUUUGACGAUGCACCGCCCUCGCGUGCAUCUCUCUUGUUUGCACGUAUUCAAGAAGCUCAAACGAAGCCGUUUGUCGGAUCGCCCGACGUAGACGUAAGCGUGGAUUGGGCACCGGUUGAUGCUUCAUCCCCGACGCCCGAAUUUUCUAAUCCGUUUGGCGAAAGUGUCGCGCCGCCCGCUGCGCGUCCCAUUGAUCCUGGACUGCAAGCAUUCCGUGCUCGCGUCCUUCCUCAGCGGCGCACUAGCAGGCGCCACUCGCUUUCCGCUUCAGAUUGGCCCGGUGAAGUGCAUGCAUUGGAAGCGGCACACGCUGUGCAAGAGGACAUUGCUAACCAUACACCACAGACCGCCAGCCAAAACGGGGCGGACCCACAUUUCAACAUUGCGCCUAUGCUUGCACGACGGCAGACCCAGCGUGAAGACGACUUGUCCAGCUCGACAUGGCGCCGGCCAAACAAGUUGAAGAAACUGCUGUUCAAAGAGCGCCGCAAAGCAAAACAUUCCACACGUGUGGUGAGCGACACGCUGGACCGUGCAUCCGAAGCACAGGCGCAUGCGCCGCUACGUGCGUUGCAGGAUCCGUCUCCGAUUCCCGACACAAACUUUGCACAAUUUCCCCAGCAUUUGGCGCUUGCGGAAGACGACAUGAUCGGUGUGAGUCUUGUUUCACCGCAGGUACACCAAGGCGCGGAUGAGACAUGUAAUGCACCCCAAGCAGCGACCCGAGAACCCGACGCGGGCGAAUUUUACGAGGCCCCAGCGCUCGAUCCCGCCCACACACAUACCUACAUCCCGCCCUACAUUUGCAUUCCUGCGCCGCUAGCGAGUACACCACGUGAGAUUCCACCGCUGGGCGCAUUUUACGUCCCCCAAGGUGCCUUUUACGUCAACGACCAUGGCAUGAUUCUUCCUAGGAACAAGACGCGCGACACUGCUUACCUUGAGUAUGACUACGGACCGGUCACGGUGCCUUUUGGCAUCGGUCGCCGCGUGCUGUAUCCCAGCACGGCGCUUUUCCGCAACGUGCUUGUCCGCAGAGACGUGGACAGGCAUGGCUGGGGCUUUGAGCGAUUUACCUCUACUCUGGAGUAUUUCGGACGCAUGGCGCCAAACGACGACGACUCGGACGAUGAUGUGCCGCUGAUGGAUGUACGCAUUCAAACGAGAGAGGAGCAUUUGGCAAAACGCCGCAUGCACCGCGAGCGUAUGCGCCGCAGAAACGCAAGGCAGGAGCGCAAUCGCUUGCGUCUUCUUGCUCAAAAGAAAGGCAAGCCCGUUACUGCGUUUGGCAUAGACAAGGAGAGCUUUAGCGAGGAGUCCGAGCACAUGUCUACCGAUUGCUCCGACACUACAAGCGAAGAAUCCGAUCCCGAGCAGCCGUGGAAAGACGACCGGCGCCCUGCAGGCAAACUUUACGGGCAAAGUCUUGUUGGCCUUGCAAAACAGCAAGCAGAGCGGCGCGAAACUCAAGUCCGAUUCUACGGCCAACUCAACUUGCAGGGGAAUCGGCACAGUGCGCCGCCCGAGACGCUCAAUGGCUUUUACAAUGACACACGCGGCCGUAUGCAACAAGUUUUUGGCGACUUGCAGCAGUGGGACGAGGAGCUUGCGCGGCGUCUGCGCCAAGAUGGCGCCGAGCCGCUUGUGCGGAAGAAAUCCAAUGCGUCCGAUAUGAUGCGAAUUUCUGAGGACGACGCUGCGCAAAUGCUGGCACAUCCCGGCGUCCAGGAAGCCGUGGUUUUCCCCACGGUCCAGGAAGCCAUCGAGGCACAGGCCCGAGAGGCAGACGAGCGCGACAAGCAAGAAAUAGCAGCGUGGCAUGAAAGUGGCUCUGAAGACGACAUGCCACGCGCUGGAAGCGUCAAGCCUACGCGUACUUCGACGCGCUUCGAUAAAGGCAAGCCGCGCUGGAUGGAGAAGGAGGAGGACGAUGUGCCGCUUGCGCGACUUCGCCCACAAUCUAUCGGCGUGCUGGAUGAAUAUCAGAGCGAUUCGGGCGAGGACGAGGAGCCGUUGGCGUCGCGGCACCCACAAGCCGCUAUCAUUGCCGAGAAUCAAGCACUGAUCCGGCAACUUCUGGAAGAAAAUCGGCAGGUGCGCAUGUCGCUCCAAAUGCUGUCGUCGUUCCCUUACGGAGUGAAUAUAGCGCCGGAAUCUUGGAUGCCGCCGCUCGGCACAUUUGCAAAGACGGAUGCAUUCCCGUCUGUGCUGGAUGAGGAUGACGUACCGCUCAUACAAGUGGAAGCAUCGGACGCCGGCGCCGCGAGUUUCCAUGAGUCGAAUGUGUGCAGCGCGAAAGCUGCGUGCGACGAGCGAGCUGCAGAAGAUCAUGCACAUACGGCCGAGUUGAUGCAUGCGGAGCGAGCGCAGGAAUCAGGACAAGUGCUAAAAGGGGCUCAAGAAAAAGUGUACAAGGGUCGUGAGGGGGCGCUUGACACUAUAAAUGGCUCUGCACGAGUAGAAGCACAAGAGCUUCGGAAGGGCUCUGGUGAGACACAAGUGGCCCGACAGGAUUUCGAGGCAGUCCCAGCACCAUUGCAGGACCCCGAGGCAGUCCCAGCACCAUUGCAGGACUCCGAGGCAGUCCCAGCGCCUUUGCACGUUUCCGAAGAAGCACUUGCUUUUGAAAAAGAAAUUGACUUUUUUAGAGACGCGAACCCGGUGCAUACAGGACUGGCAUUGGGCCCCGAGUCACAGCGUACGGAAAACAUGCGGGCGAAUGGGUACGAUGCGUAUCCGCCCAAUGAAUAUUGGCAUCACUACUACGCGAGCCAUGAUCCGUACAUGGCGUACCAUUACGGGUAUGUCCAGGAUGGAUACGUGCAUGGCUACGAUGGCCAGGGCUGUGACGUUCCAUGUAUUGGCUAUGGCCAUGAGCAGGAUGCAGGCUACGAGUACGAUCAAGCAGGCUACGAGUACCAAAAUACAGGCUACGAGUACGAUCAAGCUGACUACGAGUACCAAAAUGCAGGCCAGAACUACGACCAAGCUGGCUACGGUCACGACCAAGCUGGCUACGAGUACCAAAAUACAGGCUACGAGUACGACCAAGCUGGCUAUGGUCACGACCAAGCUGGCUCCGACUACGCUAACAGAUAUGACCACCCGCAAGGCGCCUACAGUCACAGUUACUCCAGCAGCUACCCGAUCCCCGAUUGCGACGUUGAAGACAUGGCCAAUACCCACCAUGACAUCGUCCACGACACAAACUUCACACCGGACAAGCCCAAUUCGCACGCGGCAGACCCGCCCAGUGUACCCCCAUGCAUCUCUUCCAAAGCAAUCGAGACAGACGUGUUUGCAUGGCUCUCUUCGCCAGACCCUGCGAGUGCCAAAGACAAGGCACUUGCCGAGGCUGCGCCCAGCGCCGAUAAGCCGCCGAAUACCAACCGCUGCAUGCUUGAAAACGACCCCACGCACUCAGUCGUUCUCACAGCGUCGUAG